AUGGUAGUUUUGGGUUCUUCCUCUUCUCUUUUGAAACUCUUUCUUGUUGCUUCUUUGAUCCAAGUCUCUUUGGGUUCUAGCAGAUUUUUCCAAGUCUCGUUGGCAACAAGGAAGCUCAGUGAGCUUGUCCAAGGCCAAACCCAGCUCUUGAAAUACCACAAUGGCCCUCUUCUUUCUGGCAAAAUAGCCAUCAACCUCGUUUGGUAUGGCAACUUCAAGCCUUCCCAGAAAGCCAUCAUCUCAGACUUCAUCACCUCCUUGUCUUCAUCUUCACCCCCAAAAGCCACCCCACCAUCCGUCGCCACGUGGUGGAAAACCACUGAAAAAUACUACCACCUCAGCUCCAACAAGAAGACCUCUCUCUCCCUCUCUCUGGGAAGACAGAUUCUUGAUGAAAAAUACUCCCUUGGGAAAUCCCUAACCACCAAACAGAUUGUGCAAUUGGCCUCAAAGGGUGACCAGAAAAACGCCAUUAACGUCGUUUUGACGUCUGCCGACGUGACUGUUGAUGGGUUCUGUAUGAACCGAUGCGGGACCCACGGGUCUGCUUUGGGCUCCACCAAAACUGGUCUCAUCAAGGGCAGCAAGCGUUCCAAGUUUGCUUACAUUUGGGUUGGAAACUCAGAGACCCAGUGCCCAGGGCAAUGCGCCUGGCCAUUCCACCAGCCCAUCUAUGGUCCCCAGAGCCCACCACUGGUGGCCCCCAACAACGACGUGGGCCUAGACGGCAUGGUCAUCAACCUGGCUAGCCUCUUGGCCGGGACUGCAACCAACCCCUUUGGAAAUGGCUACUUCCAGGGCCCAGCUGAGGCUCCAUUAGAGGCUGCUUCAGCUUGCCCUGGGGUUUAUGGGAAGGGGGCUUAUCCUGGUUAUGCUGGAAACUUGUUGCAGGAGCCCUCGACGGGUGCAAGCUACAAUGCCAAUGGUGCUAAUGGAAGAAAGUACUUGCUUCCUGCUCUAUAUGACCCUGCAACUUCAUCUUGCUCAACUUUGGUUUAA